AUGAGUGAAAUCGACACCGGUUUAAAUAUGAAUAUUAUUUUGGUUAUAAUAGCUACAGUUCUAUCAUGCAUUAUCAUACAUUUCAUAUACAAGAACAUUUUUGGCAACAAGAAACCUGAAACAGGAGAUGAAACUUCGAGGGCUAUGGUGGAACCAAUUGCACCAGCGUCCGAAAACACUGUAACCGAAAGCCGUCCGACCGGAAAGAGCAAGAAGCGCGGAACAUGGAAACAGAAAACCGAAUUUUCUCACCCUUGGCUUCUUAAAAAUCUCAAGGGACAUCCGGGAAACGUUCUUAUGGUGGACUUCUCUGCGAAUGGGAAGUUUAUGGCUGCAACCUGUGAUGUUUGGAGGGGCGCAGUAAUUGCGUUUCAUAAUUUAGUUGCAGUUUUCAGGCAUAUUUUGGUUACGAGUUUAAAUCUGUUGUCAUUUUCUAAGGAAAAAUAA